AGAGGCUGGGCCCCGGCAUGGGCCAGAUGGCAGGCGACCUUGGCUGGCGGCUCAGCCUGUUGCUGCUUCCCUUGCUCCUGGUGCAAGCUGGUGUCUGGGGAUUCCCAAGGCCCCCAGGAAGGUCCCUGCUGAGCCUGCAGGAGCUGCAGAGGGAGUUCACGGUCAGCCUGCAUCUCGCCAGGAAGCUGCUCUCCGAGGUUCGGGGCCAGGCCCACCGAUUUGCAGAAUCUCACCUGCCGGGAGUGAACCUGGACCUCCUGCCCCUGGGAGAGCAGCUUCCUGGUGUUUCCCUGACCUUCCAGGCUUGGCGCCGCCUCUCUGACCCGGAGCGCCUCUGCUUCCUCUCUACCACACUUCAGCCCUUCCAUGCCCUGCUGGGAGGGCUGGGGACCCAGGGCCGCUGGACCAACGCAGAGAGGAUACAGCUGUGGGCCAUGAGGCUGGACCUCCGGGAUCUGCAGCGGCACUUCCGCUUCCAGAUUCGGGCUGCAGGAUUUCACCUCCUGGAAGAGGAGGAGGAGGAGGAGGAGAAGGAGGAGGAAGGGAAGGGGCUGCUCCCAGGGGCACUGGGCAGUGCCUCGAAGGUGUCCUGGCCCCAGCUCCUCUCCACCUACCGCCUGCUGCACUCCUUGGAGCUCGUCUUAUCUCGGGCCGUGCGGGACUUGCUGUUGCUGUCCAAGGCCGGGCACCCAGUCCAGGCCCUGGAGUUCCCAACACUGGGUCCCCAGCCCUGAUCGGGUGGUUUCUUAGCCCCCUGCCCCUCACCCUUUAGGACUUUAGGAUUGGAGUCUUGGCAUCAGGGCAGCCUCCGCAUCAUCAGCCUUGGACAAGGAAAGGCUGUUCCAGCCUGCUGCCCCAGGCGCUACCCACUAACUGAAAGCCCCUCCAGUCCUCGCCAGCUAUUUAUUUCCUGGAUACUUAUUUAUUGUUUAGGGAGAUGAUGGUUUAUUUAUUGUCUCGGGGCCUGCUGGUCCUCCAGGGAUGCUGGGUGCCUAAUAAAACACUCUC